AUGGCAGCGGCAGAAAGAAGGCGGCUUUGCCAGCAACGGCGUGGAGCUGGCUGCAAGCGGGAAGAUAUCAAAAGUCACGGCUGCACCGGGGAGCAAAACGGGAAGAAGUGGUCUGUCUUUGGGGAUGCAGUGGAUUUCUGGGAUUCUUCCUUAAACCACAGAGGAACGGGAGCGAGGUUAUCCCACCCUGCAAAAGACUCUGCUCUCAGCACUGCCCAAGCAGACAGUUUAAUGUCUACCCAGUGUUUUGCAAGUAGCACAAACCACUGCUCAUGUGAAAUUGAGCUGUCAAUAGGAAAUGACAGGCUGUGGUUCGUGAAUCCUAUUUUUAUAGAAGAGUGCAGUAGCCUUUUUCCUCCAGAUGUACCCUCUCCUGAAAGCCAUGCUGUGAGCACCAAUCUUCCCCCUGCCACCACGCUCACUGAAAGGACAUCUCCCCGCCGCCCCCCUCCACCUCCACCUUCUCACGCCCUCGUUCAGAAAUCUGUGAAGCUGGGGCAGGAUCCCAUGACUGCCUGUGAAGAAAACGAGCUGCUUCUUCAGCCACUAGGAAAGAGCAUCAAGGAAAUUAAAAUCGAGGGUGGUGACAAUGAUGAAGAAGAAGGGAAGCAGAGCUGCUCAGUCAACAAGCCCUCAGCAGUGAGCCCCAAGAAGGGCUCCCAGCCCUCUGUCCUCCCACGGAGGCGGCUGUGUGAGAGAACCUCAGUGGAGAGAUGUGUGGGUAAGCCUGGAAGUUGUGAAAUGCUGAAAGGGGAACGGACGGAAUUAAAACAAGACACAAGUACAGAGAGCAGAGACAAAAGGUCGCUGUGCAAAGAGGCUGUAGAAAUGCCUGGGGAGAUUUCUGAAAGGGCUGUAUUGCAGUUUCAGGAGACAAAGCCCGAACCUGAAGAGAAGAAGGAGGACAUCCCUGAGAUACAAAGCAAUGCCAUUGAGAAAAGAAAGGCACCUCCUAUCCCACCACCAAGAAGGAAGAGGCUUUCCCAGGUACCAAGGAUCCCCAACUCCUGCCAGUCGAAGCAAAAAACAGUAGCAGGGACAGCAACGCCACCAGCUUUGUGCAAGAACAGCUCAGCUGCAGUGGCAGGUGGUGCCACUUGCACACACACCAAGGCUGACCGAGGACAUGGCCGCAAAUCCAUCAUCUCAGCUGAACUGAAAGGUUCGCACUCCUUGCUGGAAAGCCUGGGAGGCAGUGCCGUGGCUCAGGCAUCAGCAUCCGAGCCAGACUCCUACUCCACCAGCAGCACAGAGGAUGACCUGGACAUGCUGAGUAGUUCAUUCGGUAAAAAGACACACUCCGUGAUCUUGGGCAAAGCCAAGAACAGGCUGUCCUUUGUAAGCCUAUCCAAUGUCUUCACAGUUUUUUUGUCUAGUGACAGGAAGCUGCAGAAGAAGAUAGUGGAGCUGGCACAGGACAAGGAUUCGUACUUUGGCAACCUGGUGAGGGACUACAGAAUUUAUAGUUUAGAGAUGAUGGCAAAGCAGAGCUCCAGCACAGAGAUGCUACAAGAAAUCCGAAUGAUGAUGACGCAGCUGAAGAGUUAUUUAGUGCAGAGCACCGAGCUGAAAUCACUGAUAGACCCAGCCUGCUACAGCGAGGAACAGUUAGAAGUGAUUGCUGAGACGGCUUUGUACAAAUGUGUCCUGAAGCCUUUAAAAGAAGCCAUUGAUUCUUACUUAAAAGAAAUCCACAGCAAAGAUGGAUCUCUACAGCAGCUGAAAGAGAACCAACUUGUGAUACAAAACACAACUACCACUGACUUAGGUGUCACAACCAGUGUGCCUGAAACUGUUGUGCUGGAAAAGAUCCUUCACAAGUUCACGAACAUGCACAAGGCCUACUCCCCAGAAAAGAAGAUUGCCAUCUUGCUGAAGUCCUGCAAACUCAUCUAUGAUUCCAUGGCUCAGGGACACCCAGGGAAGCCGUAUGGUGCCGAUGAUUUCCUCCCCGUGCUCAUGUAUGUGUUGGCCCGCAGCAACCUGACUGAAGUGCUUCUGAAUGUGGAGUAUAUGAUGGAGCUCAUGGACCCUGCUCUGCAGCUGGGGGAAG